AUGGGCCGAGCGGUGAAGUGGGAGGAGGUGGUGGGGAGCGUGGCAGCGCGGCGAGACGUGCGUCUGGCAGUGCUGCACGCGCUGAGACGAAAGCGGGUGGAGGAAGCAGUUGAUUUGAUCUGCUCCCUCGCAGGUCUGGGGCUAUCCCCAAGGAAGCUAGCAGUGAGCGACCAGGUGUACCAAGCAUGCGUUGCCGCCUCCAACCUGCCCCUCGUGAUGCGCUUCAUCCUGCACCUGCCAUCUGCAAGUUCAGUGGAUUACAACAAGGCCCUCAAGGAGUGUGCCAGGCAGGGCAAGCUACAACUAGCAUUGACACUCUUCCACGCACUCAGGAAGGGGUGCAGAGCAGGAGGAAGUGGGGGUGGUGAUAGCAGCAGUAACAGAAGCAGCAGCGGUGGUACCAGGGAGUCACCUGGAGAAGAUUCGUUGCCACCUGGCGUUUCACCUGAGGUUUUACCUGAGGAGGGCGCGUUACCUGAAAUAGCACCUGGAGUGGAACCUGACAUGUUCACCUACCGUUCCAUGAUGGACGUGUGUGCAGCAUGCGGCGCAGGCACUACGGCUGCUGAAAUCAUUCAGGCUAUGGUGGAGGAGGACGGGGUGGGUGUUAGGUACCCAACAACACCUACGCGGUCAGCGGAGCAGAGCUCACAGCACUCAAUGCUUGUGCUGACUGACACCCGCUCUUCGUUUCCUUUUUUAUUGGCGCCUGCUCCCAUCCCUCCCUCCCCUGCUGUGGUACCACCAGGCUAUGGUGGAGGAGGACGGGGUGGCACCUACGUGGCUAUGGUGGAGGAGGACGGGGUGGUACCCAACACCUAUGUGGUCAACAGUGCUCUUAACGCGUGCAUCAGCGACUGGGACGCCACGUGGUCGCUCUGGUUCCGCAUGGAGCGUCUCGGUGUAAGCCCCGACGCCACCACCUUCAACACGCUGCUCAAGGCCUGUGCCGCCCACUGCCGCCCGGAUGCUGCCCAGCUGCUGUACGAGCAGCUGAGGGCGCUGGAGGAGCGAGAAGAACGGGCUGGAGGCAACCACAGCAGCAGGCAAGAUAGACGCACCGCCUUCGCCGUCAAAUCCGACAUGGACCAAUCAGGCGUGUGCGCCAACGUGGUGACGUGGACGUCUCUGAUUGGUGCGUGCGUGCACGCGGGGUUUGUGGACCAUGCGUUUAGGGUUUUUGACGAGAUGGUGGGGUCUGGGUGUGAGGCGACCACUGCUGUGUAUAACCUGAUGAUCGACAUGUGCGCCGAAGCUGGGCUGGAGGAUCGGGCGGUGGCGUUGCUUCGGGAAAUGCAGGCUGGGGGGAGGAGCGGGAAGAUGAGGGCGGGGGAAGAGAGGGGGGAUGAGGAGAGUGGAGUGGAGCAAGAGGUUUCAGUUGUUGCUGCAUCGUCUCCCUCCUCCUCCACCACCUCUGCCUCCUCCUCCUCUCCUCCCUCCUCCCCCUCCAUCUGCGCCCCCGAUAUAAUCACAUUCAACACAGUCAUCAAGGCGUGCACAGGCAGCCCCCAGCGCGCGCGGGCGUUUGUGGGGGAGAUGCGAGCGGCAGGGAUAGCACCCAACGAGCGCACGUGGGUGGCACUCUUGGAUUGCCAUGGGACCAACGCGGAUACAGCUGCUGCUGUGCAGAGAACCAACGAGCUGCACGUGGGUGGCGCUGCGCUGCUGGACUGCCAUGGUAAGAAUGCGGAUACCACCGCUGCUGGACUGCCAUGCCACUUCAUUUACCCCAAAACUCCACCCUCGUCCCGUUCAACCCUCCCUCCCUCCACUCCUCCCCCUCCUUUCCCCUCCUCUCCCGCACACAUCGGUCAGGCGUUUCAAGACAUGCUCAAGGUGGACGUCGUGGCAUACACUGCUGUUAUCAAGGUGUUUCAAGACAUGCAAGCAGCGGGGUUCAAAGCUGACGUGGUCGCAUACACUGCUGUAAUCAAGGUCACGUUCAACACUCUCCUCCGCCUUCCCUUGCAAGCUGACACUCUCCCACCCUCCUCCUCCUCCUCCUCCUCCUCCUCCUCCUCCUCCUCCUCCUCCUCCUCCUCCUCCUCCUCCUCCUCCUCCUCCUCCUCCUCCUCCUCCCCCCCUCCUUCCCCCUCUUCCCCCUCUUCCUCCUCCCAAUACCCCCCCUCACCUUCCCCUUCCUCCUCCCGAAUCCCCCGCCUGACUGCCAUUGGUGCAUCAGCAGCAGCCAAUCAGAGGCGCAUUCAGCGGCUGCUGUUGGUGUAUGAGGAGAUGAGGCAGGCGGGGGGUACAGAAGAGAAGAAGAAGAAGAAGAAGAAGAAGAAGAAGAAGAAGAAGAAGAAGAAGAAGAAGAAGAAGAAGAAGAAGAAGAAGAAGAAGAAGAAGAAGAAGAAGAAGAAGAAGAAGAAGAAGAAGAAGAAGAAGAAGAAGAAGAAGAAGAAGAAGAAGAAGAAGAAGAAGAAGAAGAAGAAGAAGAAGAAGAAGAAGAAGAAGAAGAAGAAGAAGAAGAAGAAGAAGAAGAAGAAGAAGAAGAAGAAGAAGAAGAAGAAGAAGAAGAAGAAGAAGAAGAAGAAGAAGAAGAAGAAGAAGAAGAAGAAGAAGAAGAAGAAGAAGAAGAAGAAGAAGAAGAAGAAGAAGAAGAAGAAGAAGAAGAAGAAGAAGAAGAAGAAGAAGAAGAAGAAGAAGAAGAAGAAGAAGAAGAAGAAGAAGAAGAAGAAGAAGAAGAAGAAGAAGAAGAAGAAGAAGAAGAAGAAGAAGAAGAAGAAGAAGAAGAAGAAGAAGAAGAAGAAGAAGAAGAAGAAGAAGAAGAAGAAGAAGAAGAAGAAGAAGAAGAAGAAGAAGAAGAAGAAGAAGAAGAAGAAGAAGAAGAAGAAGAAGAAGAAGAAGAAGAAGAAGAAGAAGAAGAAGAAGAAGAAGAAGAAGAAGAAGAAGAAGAAGAAGAAGAAGAAGAAGAAGAAGAAGAAGAAGAAGAAGAAGAAGAAGAAGAAGAAGAAGAAGAAGAAGAAGAAGAAGAAGAAGAAGAAGAAGAAGAAGAAGAAGAAGAAGAAGAAGAAGAAGAAGAAGAAGAAGAAGAAGAAGAAGAAGAAGAAGAAGAAGAAGAAGAAGAAGAAGAAGAAGAAGAAGAAGAAGAAGAAGAAGAAGAAGAAGAAGAAGAAGAAGAAGAAGAAGAAGAAGAAGAAGAAGAAGAAGAAGAAGAAGAAGAAGAAGAAGAAGAAGAAGAAGAAGAAGAAGAAGAAGAAGAAGAAGAAGAAGAAGAAGAAGAAGAAGAAGAAGAAGAAGAAGAAGAAGAAGAAGAAGAAGAAGAAGAAGAAGAAGAAGAAGAAGAAGAAGAAGAAGAAGAAGAAGAAGAAGAAGAAGAAGAAGAAGAAGAAGAAGAAGAAGAAGAAGAAGAAGAAGAAGAAGAAGAAGAAGAAGAAGAAGAAGAAGAAGAAGAAGAAGAAGAAGAAGAAGAAGAAGAAGAAGAAGAAGAAGAAGAAGAAGAAGAAGAAGAAGAAGAAGAAGAAGAAGAAGAAGAAGAAGAAGAAGAAGAAGAAGAAGAAGAAGAAGAAGAAGAAGAAGAAGAAGAAGAAGAAGAAGAAGAAGAAGAAGAAGAAGAAGAAGAAGAAGAAGAAGAAGAAGAAGAAGAAGAAGAAGAAGAAGAAGAAGAAGAAGAAGAAGAAGAAGAAGAAGAAGAAGAAGAAGAAGAAGAAGAAGAAGAAGAAGAAGAAGAAGAAGAAGAAGAAGAAGAAGAAGAAGAAGAAGAAGAAACGGGACCUUCACUUCGACUCAAAAACCGAGUCAACCCAAAAGCCCACUCCUCCUCACCUACUCCAAGUCUUCCCUUUGACCCUGUCUUCCGCAUUCCCCUCCCUGUUCAACGCCCCAGUUACUCCCCCAACGACUGUGCUCAAGAGCCUUCUGGGGGAAAUGGCUGAAGCUACUCCCCCAACGACUAUCUACUCCCCUAACGACUAUGUGCUCAAGAGCCUACUAGGGGAGAUGGCAGAAGGCGCACUGGACCCUCCUCUCUCCACCUUCCCCUCCUCCCCCUCCUCCCCCUCCUCAGCCUCCACUGCCCCCUCUUCCUCUCACCUCACGAGCUUUGCUCGAGAUGGCCUGGGCGGUGCUGGGGGCACAGCAGCAGGCAUGGCAGGGGGUGGGUCAGCAGGCAUGGCAGGGGGUGGAGCAACGAGAGAAGACGAGUGCGAUAAAGAUGCUCUUGGUGUUGGGAGCGGGUCAGAUGGAAGAGUAGGAAUAGGAGGAGGAGGAGGAGGAGGAGGAGGAGGAGGAGGAGGAGGAGGAGGAGGAGGAGGAGGAGGAGGAGGAGGAGGAGGAGGAGGAGGAGGAGGAGGAGGAGGAGGGGAGGGAGGAGAGGAGGACGGGAGGAUGGCUGAGGGCUUGACCAAGCUUGACCUCCACGGCCUCUCUCGGGCCGAGGCACGCACAGCAGUGCUGUCUGUGCUGCGCCUGCUUAAGGAGACCUUCCAGCGCUCAGGAGGUGCCCCCAUACAAGACGACCUUGUUAUAAUCACAGGCACAGGCCGGCGCAGCUCAACGCCAGGCCACUCAGUGGUGCGAGAGGCGGUAACGCACAUGUUACAAAAGGAGCUCGGGCUUCCCGUCACCUCUCCAUCGCCUGUGUACAAGAGUGCAGCUACCGGUGCUGCCAACGGUGGUAGUUAUUCGUCGAGUCAAUCCAGUCAAUCCAGUUCUUCUGAAGAUGAGACGGAAGGGAGCGGUGGUGGUGUGCUUGUGCACAAGAGGAAUCCCGGGCGACUGGUUGUUCCCCGGGCGGCUCUGAAUGAAUGGUUGCAAAAAAAGCGUGCCUAG